UACACACAGAGAUAUUUCCAAGACUUUCUCACUCCAUAAUCACGCAGACAGGCAGAUAAACACGCCACAGGAUGAGAAGCCUCCUUCAGUGUCUGGCACUCUGUGCUGUGGUCUCCCUCUGCGUCUGCUAUGACUCUCAUGAAAGCACAGAAUCCAUUGAAGAUUUGUUUGUGCCGCCGAACCGAGCCAACUCAUUCUUCACGCCACAGAGGGGCAACGUAUACAACCCACCCAGAGGAAACGGCUUAAACUAUUACAACUUUAUGAGGAACAGAAAGUCUCCAGCAGAGAGGCGUGCAGAGACCUGUGAGGACUACUCUCCCUGCCGCUUCUAUGCCUAUCACUACGGCUACCAGCUGGCCUACCAGAGAUACUUUGGGGCCCAAAAUCAACCCCAGAGACCAGUUGUGGCUCGUCGAUACUAAAACUUAAAGUAUCUGUCUGUCUAAUGCAAAAAUAAUCAUUCUCAUCUGGAUAUGAGUGUGUAUUACCACAUUCCACGUAUCCUUACUUUUAUAUAUAAUUUAUAUUGUUGUUCUUGUGGCCUCUACUCGAUGUGAUGUUACAAUAGUAGAAGACAACACAACCCUAGACUAACCCUA